AUGACCCAGAACAACAACGUUACACUGAAGACACUGACUGCGCACGAGCUGCUUGCGGCGCGCGAAAACAUGUGCGAGGCGCUCGGGCUCGUGGACGAUAGUGAGCGGCACGAGGUCAUAGUGGGCCUAAGACGCGAAGAGGAGUUGCGUGCGCUACGCGCGCGGCUGGACGCUCUUCGCGCAGACGUCGAGCGCGAGCGCGGCUCCCAGGCGUGA